AUGGCUGGCACUUAUGAUAAUGAACAACAGAGAAUGAUUGAUAGGAUCAAAUGCAUUGCUUUCCGUGAAGUGAGGGAUGCUGGUGCAACAUUUAUAAAUAGACAAUGGAUUGCAGAUAAAAUUCAUCGCACAACUCGAUUCGUCUCUGACUGGUGGGAAAAAUCAUAUGACCCAUGCUUUGCUGAUUAUUCAAACGUUGGUGCUAAGCUUAAACUAUCAGAAGCUGGUCUAGACAUAAUGCGUAAAGCAAGUGGUCAACAAAGAAAAAGUUGCUCUGUUGUAACAAAGGAGAUUGCAGAAAAGCAAAAAGAAUAUAUGACCCGAAGAACUGUUAAUAAUUAUCGUCACAGAGAAGGAUUAAAACCGUUUCAUGUUAUUGCAAAACCUUUAAAAACUGAAACUCACAUAUCAGAUCGAUUAUGGCUAUGCAACUGGUUGAAAGAUUGGACUGAAGAUUUCCUUUAUCUAGCACCCUCUGAUAAAUUUUAUAUCUGA